UCCAGCUUGCGUUGGGUGGACCAUUUCACGCGGGGCUGGCACGUAGUGUCAUUUUACUUUGAAUUAACAAGACAGCCAUCAAAUACCUUAUACUACACUGAAUCAGCCCCACUAAAUAAUAGUAAGCCGAACUUGCAGGCCGUCUCGGGUAAGAACAUUUUAAUCUAUAAGAAUAAUAUAAGUAACAGAAAUAUAAUAUUAGAAAUUAAUAGUAUAAUUAUAAAUGGAUUUCCUGAUUAUCCUAAUAACAUGAUUAAUAUAUUUAUAAAGGCUCUUACAGUAUUGAUCUGUGAGUAUAUUCCAUCUUAUAAUAUCUUAAAUCCAGCUGCUAUUUACUUUUGA